CCACACAAAUUCCCACAACCUUUUCUCAUCACCGCGUUGUCCCAAGUUCCAAACACUUGCCAUCUUUUUUCUCCUGCUCCUUCCCCUAUAAGUAUCUUCUUUUUCGCCGCUUCAUUAACAUUGUCAUUAUUUCUCUUUUCAUCGAGAAAAUCAUGAAGAGGCAAGGGAGCAAUAUAGAGGCCAUGGCUCAAGCAGCUGGAAAACAUCAAGUUCGAAACAAGAGCAGGAGAGGUUUGGAUGCCGAUGAGGGAGAAGUAGCGUUAUGUAGCAUGCAGAGUACUUUAGUGUGGUGGGAGGAAUGGGCGUACGUGGAUGAGCAAAUGUCAUGGGCAUCCAUCUGGUCGCCUUUCUGGGAUGUGGAUUUUGUUGACAUGGCUUAUGGUGCAUUGUUCAACGAUGUUGCUUGGGAUGAUGAUAUUUGGGACUUGAAGAACGUCACGGUCAUACCCAAACAAUGAGAGUUGGGUGAUCUUCUACUUUCAAAGUUGUUCUGGGAAUAUCCUGAUUUGGGCUUGUAACAGUGUAGCUGUUUGUCAGCUUUUAUUAAGUUAGCUUUGUUUGGAUAUAAA